AGAGAGGAAAGUGGAUUGUUAAAUCUCGUUUGACUACUCAAAUUUCAAUUUUCACCUUAACCGACAAUUUAUCAAUCCUCCCUCUUCACUCUCUCUUUUCAUCAUCAUUAUCUCACUUUACUUGAUUACUCAAAUACAACUGAAAAUUUCCCUUCGAUCAUUUUAAGUAUUGGUUCGCAUGAACCUCAAUACACAUUGUAAAAGUACAAUUUAACUAAUAAUCCGAAGUGAGCGUAAUUUACUGAUUUUUUUGUGCCUUGCAUUUUAUAGUGUCUUUAUUUGCCCCUUUUAACAGUUUCUGUAAGCUGACAGAAAAACAAAACGUUAGUCAUUUGUUUUAACCUGUUAGUUGUUAGUUGACUCUUUAGUUUUCCAGUUCAACGGUUUUUUCUCAUCUUUAUUAUAAACCCAUAUUUACAUUGCUAAGAUGUCAUUGGAAAUGGAUGCAGCAAAUUCUGGUUCAUCGAUAUUCAACAAUAACAACAACAAUAGUGAUGACAAUUUAAAAUGUGGAAAAUUGAAAGGUGUUAACUCUACAAAGCAAAGUAAAAAAAGUGAUGGAAAACAAGAUUCAAGUGAAAAAUAUCAAGAAAAAAUUGCCACCAUUAGGUCAAUGUUUGCUAAAGAAUACGAAUCUCAUCCCGAACUGUAUGAUGAAUGUGACCACAGGAAAGUGAUGGAAAAGGAUUUCUGGGUUUCAAGGUUCAUGGCAGAUCCUAGUGAAUCAGUUGAGGAUUCUUAUGAGAAAUUACGGUCAACAAUGGAAUGGAGACGAUCCUUUGGUGUCAACUCUUUUGACCCUUUUACCAUACCCAAAGAGAUUUAUCAGAUUGCUGCACUGAUUCCUUACGAGAAGGAUCGACAAGGUAGACCAACACUUUACAUUCGUGGUAAAAUUCAUCGUAAAAUUGAACAGUUAGAAGAUAAAAUAAAACACUACUUAGUCAAUGUGAUUGAACAAUUGGAUUCAGCCAAGGAAUCAAGGGAAUCUUGGAUUAUCAUUCUUGAUGCUUCAGAUGCCAAUUUUUUCAACACUGAUCUUGACAUGAUCAUGUUUCUCUUUGGUACCCUUCGUAAUCGUUAUCCUCGCGGUGUGGCCACAGCCUUGCUUUACGGUUUACCCUGGCUUCUUGGUGCCUUUGCCAAUAUGGUGAUAUCCUUUUUACCUUCUGAUUCUGUUGCAAAGAUUAAAUUUGGAGGCAAAAAAGAGUUGAACGAGUUAAUUGAUGAAUCCAAUUUACCUGAUUGGCUAGGUGGUACCUGUACAGUCAACUAUCGUCGAGUACCUAAAGGAGCUAUCUCUUGCUACGAAAUGGCUGAGAAGGAGUUUAACAUGACUAAAGCUGAUGUUGAUAAAUUGAUCAAACCUUUUAUUCAAUACUUGAAACCCGAACUUUGUGUUGAAGUGGAUCCUUGAAAGCAACAAUAUAAAAAAGAAUCCAUGUUUACCAUGAUGAUGAUCAUUGUUUGAACAUUAUACACAACUGUUAACAUCAUCACAGGAACAUUCAUCAUCCUCAUUAUCUAUUGUUUCUCUUUAACACUUUGCCAUCUCGACCAACAUCGAAAAACACUCUCAUUGUUUAACCGUCUUCAUCGUCAUUUACCACCUUCUCAUCAAUCAAUUGUUAUCAAAGGAAACAUAACCGGUUCACAAUAUCAGAAUAUUAAUCAAUCUAAAUCUUUGCCGCUUUA